GUCACUGAUCCGAGAUCGUCCGUCCUCAUCCACUGAGCUGCCGUUUCUUCCGCGCUAAACCCGGCAUGGCGUAGCACUCCGCUCGUUACCUUUCGCACAGCGCUGGCAGAGCCAAAAAAUACCAUGGAAACGGGCGACGGCACACCCCUGUGGGAAACUGAGUCGCUCAUUCGUUCGCCCUGCAGUAAGGUACCUAGGUAGGUAUCAGCUUUCGUGCUCAGCAAAGAGCAUCCAUCCGGUCUCGUCAAUGACCUCAGUCCGGGCGUCGCCAGCGAAUCUGAUAACCAUUUCGGCUUGAUCCUCUAGACUGAUUCCGCUGAACCCGACGCCGACGAGGACUGGCAUCCAGCAGACAUGGCGGACCCUUUCGAGGUUCGGAUGCGCUUCACGGCCCAGCUUCAACAUCUCAACGCGUCCGUCACCUCAGCUCAGAAGGCCGCUCAAUAUGCCCUCAAGUACAAGGACAUGGAUGAGGACCUGCACUCCUGCAUACUCGAGCAGCUGGAACGGAACAACAUGAACACUCGCGCCAACAUCAUGUACUUCAUCGAACACUUCCUGGAAAUGGCCCAGAAGGAGAAGCACGUCGACUACGUUCGCAUGAUGCAGCGCGACAUCAUUCGCAUUGUCGACGCCGUCGCUCCUGAUGAUGGAUCUGGCGCUGCCAACGUCAAGGUCGUCAGAAGGGUUCUUCAGGGCCUCCAGCAGAAGAACUUUCUCGAGGCGCGCACCGUCGUCGAGAUCGAGGAGGUCCUCAGGGAGCGCGAGACCAGUGCCCACGACGCUGGCCUCUCGUCGCCCGUCAACGGCGACGUCGACAUGGGCGACGCGCCGCCUAGCCAUGCGCGCCCGUCCAACGGCCGGGCCCCGCGGCUGGAGAAGCGCCAGAUCGAGCAGCGCAUCGAGGAGGACCGCGAGCGCCACAAGCGUCUCCGCGAGAACAUCUGGGCCAUUGGCGCCCAUGAGACCGCCGAGAUCGACAAGAUCUGGGACGAGACGAGCGACCUGGGCGAUGACGAUCACAUCCUUGCCGAGGAGGAGUUUGUCGCAUGCACCCAGGCCAUGAAGCACUCAUGUGCCCCCAAGCCACCUGCUGGUCCCGCCAGUACCCGUGUCGCGAAUGGCAAGAAGCAUUGAGGGCUGACGACGCAGCACUUACUUUGUCGGCUUCGCAUGAGCAUUUCCUGGCGUUUAAUCCUGUGGAGAGUGGAAAACUGGCGUUCAUGGGUUGGUUUCGGCGGCCGGGCCGGGUCUGUGUAUACCAUUGGUAGUAGUACCGGGUUUUGGGGUUUCUCAUCAACAGUGGCUCGAGGAGCACUAGGAACGACGCAACAAGUUCACAAAGCUAGAGGCGGCUUUGCAGCAAGAAAUGGUGGUGUAUGUGUCUUGAUAAUAUUGUUACAUGGGUGUUUAU